AUGUAUCGGCAAUACCUAUUCAUCCCGGCAACACCUGCAAUGUAUUCCUGCGUCAUGGAGAGUCUCCGCAUUGGGGUCUCUUUCAACAAAAACAUCAGAAACAGUCCAUCACUCCCGUGUGUAGUUUCCAGUGAUUUGCAGUGUGGCUGUAGCGAAUACAUGAUGAAACGAAUGAUGCCAUGGAGUGACGAUGAUGAUGAUUCUUCGUCUGAUGAGUCUUCAAGUCCUGAUUCAGAUGCUUCCGAUAAAGAUGAAAAUCCAAAAAAGAACAAAAAGAUCGUUUCUGGUGGUGGAUCUGGAUCAUCCAAAUCUAAUAAAGUUGAAUCUGUGAAGCGGAAGAGCAAAGGGAUAGACUUUGAAGCGCUGAGUCAGCACGGGUAUCGGGGCGGGUUAUCGGUCCUAAAAGUCCCUCCACCAAAAGAAAACGAUAAGGACCGUGAUUGGUCGUGGUCAACCGGGCAGGGGCAGGACAGGCGGGCAGCAAAUGAGACGGAAGAGAGCUACCAAGAUCGACAGAAGACGAGAGCCAUGUUGCUUGAAGGAGAGCAGUUGGUACAUGCACGAACACAGAAAGAGAAAAACUUGUUAAGCUUCUCACAGAAGGAAAAGAGGAAAAGGGAUAUGGGGCAGGCUAGUAGGGGUAAAAGCUAUGUUGAAGAAGAGAAGAGAUUGUUGAGAGAAAAUGGGAUUUACUCUGGUUUUGACGCUUGACACUUUAUGAUGCCAUUUGUCCUUGUACUCUUUCAACUUAUGGGGAAAAAAAAACAUGUAUUGCCUUUGAACUUGAUUUUGAUUACUCUUAAUAGUCUAUUUUGAAAAUAUUUAUCAAAAUUAUGUUCUUUAAAGCAA